AUGGCUGCCCCAUACGUUAUUUUCGGCGCAAAACUUGCUAUUGGCACCAUUUUGACCGUUGUUGGAGGAAUUUACGGCCCUAAGGCUUUUUCGUCUCCUGCUGCUGCUGCUCCAGCUGCUACUCCAGCUGCCGCCCCAUCAUCUGAGCCUGAGCUAGAUGUUGAGAAGGCAAUCAAGUAA